CAGCAAGGUAGGCUUGGUAGCUAAGCUAGCUACCUAUCCAGUGUCGGCGCUGUUGCUAACACACGAAAACCCAACCUCCAGCAGAUUGCGCUGUAGCUUGAUAUGACAGAGCACGUAGCCGCAGCGUGCUUGCUUCAUAUGAUGCCGAUGCCAAUUUGAGUGCUCAUGUUAGCUAGCUUAGUUGCUAAUUGUGUGACGGACGCGAAAGAAGAGAGAGGCUUGCCACUUCCUCCACCACCAUCAGCAGCGGCGGCAGCAGCUACGGGUAGUCUUAACUACAGCUGCCUCCUGCUGCUAGCUGAAGUUCCUCAUCCGGCUGUGGAUGAGGUGGGUUUAGCUAGCUACAACACACCGAGGCGGUGGAUACAUGUCUACCUCUGAACCACGAGACGAGCAACGAAAGGGAAAUCUUGCAGUUCAUGUUUCGCCAAGAAGUCAGUGUGACGUCUUUUAUUCCAUCUUGUUCGUAUCUUUUCCAACAAGAGAAGAGGAAUAUGUCCAGAUAUAACAUAUACAGCCUGUUGGACUGGAUCUACGGCGGGGUGGACCCGAAGUUUGAGGGUAAUGGGGGCCCCGAGUGUGCCGCCUUCAUCGCGCCCCAGCAGCGCGUCAGUGAAAGUCUGAUCAUCGUCCUCAUCUCCUUAGUGGAGAUUGUCGUGGCGCUGAAGAAAAUAAACCUGUCCAAAGAGCUCAAAGUGGUGGGAAAAGACUGCAUAAGGGCGAAGGAGGACAGUCUGGGCAAGAACCUGUUGCUGGUUGCCCUCUGCAUGACUUUUGGAGUGGAGGUUGGGUUCAAAUUCGCCACCAAGACUGUGAUAUAUCUGCUGAAUCCGUGCCAUGUCAUGACCAUGGUUCAGAUAUUCCUGCUGGCUUGCCCGCCAUGUAAAACUGCAAUGGUUGUAUUUAGGCUGCAGGUCCACAUGCUGAAUGGUGCAUUACUGGCUUUAAUGUUCCCCGUAGUCAACACCAGACUGCUGCCGUUUGAGAAGGAGAUCUACUACAUCCAACACUCCAUGCUAUACCUGGUGCCUCUUUACCUUUUCAGGAAAGGAGGGGUGUACAAGCCUGAGCCUCUGGGGGACAUGUGGUGGGCCCUUCUCUCCACCGGCAUCCUAUUCCUCUAUCACUUCCUCUUCCUGCAGGUCCUUGGCCUGGUAACUGAGGUCAACCUCAACAACAUGCUGUGCCCGGCCGUGUCCGACCCCUUCUACGGGCCUUGGUACCGGGUCUGGGCGACGGGCCACCAGACCCUGCUGACACUCAUUCACGGGAAGGUCCUCACACUCCUCUCGCAACACACCGGUUCCGUCUGCAGAUACCUGCUGGACGCACUCCGACUGCGCAGCAAGAAAGUUGACUGAAUGUCCACGAAGAUGCACACAGACCCUAGCCUUUCACUCUAAAUGCCUGCUCUUAUCAUGCAGAUUUUUUUUUAAGCGACAUUUUAAUGCAUCUUUUAAGACUUACCAUCUGUUUUACUGAAACAAGUGAGCAUUUCAGGGCCAGUGAAUCAGUGUGUCAUUCUUUUAGUGUUGUAGUUGGCUUGCAUACAUACUUGCAUGCACAAACAUAAUAGGCAUUCUAAGGCUGGUAGUUAGCAUUGUGGAGUUGGCCAGAUCUAGCCUUUUUUUGGAAUACAAUUUCCAGAAAUACGUAAGUGAAUUUGCGGGUGAUUUCUCAAGCUGCCUUUUUUUUUUUAAACUGUUUUAAGGACAGAAAAAUUUGAGUCACCGAAAUGUCACUACUGAUCUGCAGUUAUUACACUUUCAGUUCUUUUUGUGAUAGUUAUGCUAGAUCUAUGUUAGUGGGUAAAGCUGCCAUUUUAUUUGUCUCAAAACGGAUCGUAAAUGUGAGCUGUCGUAAAAGUUAUUGCUUGUUUAGUUGGAGGAUUUUUUGUUUUGACACAUAUGAUCACCUCAGUGUUGUCAUGACUGAAGAAAAAGAAACUUAUUUAUGGUGUCCCUCUGUUCUCACUGCAUUACACACGUGUACAGGUUAUGAAAGCAUCGCUGUGAGUAGCCUCUUUGGCGUUUUUUUUGUGUCUCCAGCCUGUUCCGAUCAUUCCAGUUGUGAUAAUCAGGGGACGUGAGGAUGUAUUACAUGCUGAAAUUUAAAGUGAUGAAUGAGAAUUUGUGGAUCUACACUGGGAUGUUAUUAUUACCUCUGCCAAGGAGGUUACGCUUUUUGUCUCUGUUAUUUUAUGGUGAUAUUGGACCACAUUCAGUGAGGUAUAAACUUCAGUGAGUCGAUAGGAUGAAUGCGAUGUUUGCCAAGAUAGAAUAGAUCUUGACAAAUCGAGUAUCUGGGCUGGAUUCAUGCAUAAUGACACUUGAAUACAAUUUGUUGCUUGAUCCUCAAGUUAAUCUUACAAGUUAUCCCAUAUUCACUCCACCACUAGAACUGCAACAAGUUUCAGAGAAAAAAUGCAUCAGAUGAUCUGCAUGAGGUCACUUUGAGUCAUUUAUUGACUACCCAUGUGAAAGAGAGUAUUAACUGAUGUUGAGAAUUGGAAUAUGUCAGUCUGAGUGUAUAACAUUUCAAGUAUGAGGGAUGUGUUUAUUACUGUAGCAUAUACUGUACUUCGCUGUAAAGAAGGGAUAAGACAAACUUUUGUAUUUCUAUUGGUUCGAGUGUAUGUGCUGUAUUGACAAUAAAAGUGAUGUUGACCAAA